GCCAAGCAAAGCCAAGCCAGCCGCGCCCAGGCCACCACCACCCGUUCCAUACGCCCAGCGAACCACGAGCUCGCUCCGACACUGCCCGCCGCCGCCGGUUCCCUCGAGCGCGCGCUCUGCUCCUGGCUCGCCUGCGUUGGCCGUCACGAUGGCGACGGCAUGGGUGCGGUCCCUCAGCUGCAGGUCCUACGGCGUGGCGGACGCCGUCGUCGCGCCGUCCCCGAGCAAGAAGGCGCAGCAGGCCCAGCCGCUUCUCCCCGUCUCGUGCGGCGCCGCGGCGGACGUGCGGGACUCCGUGUCGUCCGCGCGGCAGGCCUGGAAGCAGCAGAAGCCGCGCCGGGAGCGGCGGAGGGACGGGCAGGAGAGGCAGCAGGAGUUGGCGAGACCGCGGCCCAAGAAGAAGCCCAAGCAGACGGCGGCCGCCUUCAUGCCGUCGCCCGCCACCGCGCCCGCGAGCUCGGCGUUCCUGACGAUGGCGGAGCUGCCGGAGGGCCACUCGUCGCGGCAGGUGGUGGAGCUCAUCUUCUCAUCCGGCUGGGACCUGGCCACCGCCGCGGCACCGCCGGAGGUGGAGGCGAUGUUCCGGGUGCACAGCGGCGCGCGGGCGGUGGCACGGUUCGAGGAGGCCAGGGCGGCGGCACGCGCGCACGGCGCCGCGGCCCGGUGCGGCGCCGACGGCAAUGAGAUGAUGCGCUUCCAGUGCCGCCCGGCCGCGGGCGCGGGCGUGGGCGGCGUCUUCGGUGCUGGCGUCGCCACCUGCCAACUCGGCCCGUCCGGCUCCGCGGUGCGCACCUUCGCCUGCAGCGGCACCGCGCACGCCAGAGCCGCGCCGUCGCCCGGCGCGGUUCGCAGGGCCAUGCUGGUGUGCCGCGUCAUCGCCGGGCGCGUCCGGCCGGCGCUGGGCGACGACCCGCAGGCGCUCCGGCACCGCUCCUCGCACUACGACUCCGUGGACAUGGGCAACGGCGAGCUCGUCGUCCUGGACAGCCGCGCCGUGCUCCCCUGCUUCCUCAUCGUCUACAAGGUCUAGCCGCGCGCGCGUCAAAUUAACCGCCCACCGUACCUAAUUACCGUCCUCUUUUUGUCUCUUGGUUAACAUUCCGGAGCCGGCAGGCGACACUGCCACUGUGCCAGUACGUAGAAUUGACAGAGAUCAUCGACCCAAGCUCUUGUGUAAAACAGUAAAGGAUUGCUUCUUCUUUUUUUGGCUCGCUCCGAAUCUUGAAAUGGUGUAUAAAAAUGUUCUUGCUCGUCCCACUUUU